AUGUUUCUCGAUAUUUUUGGCAAACCCAAGAUGAAGCCGGCCACGGCCAUCAACAGCAACGCCUGGUACCACGUCACCGAGGGCCAGGUGGACAAGGCCGGCCGAAAGUUUACCUCGAUGCUGCAAGUGGACGAGUCGACCGGCGGGCUCAGCGUCCUUCCCGUCACCAGUCCCCCAUUCUACUGGCAGUUCCAGGCCGUCGCCGCGUCCGACGGCCGGUACGUGGUGCGCAACUCGCGCGACGGCGCCGCCAAGCAGCUGUCGGCGUGCCGCAACCGCACGGAGCCGGCCGACGGGCAGACGGGCCUCUGCAUGGCGGCGGCCAACGGCGCCGACGACGCGCAGGUGUGGCAGCUGGACCAGUGGGGGGCCGACAUGGUCCGCGACGGCCUGCGCUUCAUCAACGCCGCCAACGGCACCCGCUUCUGGCUCGACGUGCACAAGGGCAACCCGCCGUUUAUGAAUAGCAAUGUCACGGCGGCCGACAGCAGCGCCGCCGACGAUGACGAACCAGAGAGUGAGCCCUCGCAGCGCUGGUACAUGACGAGCGCGCAGGCCGUCAACGCGAUUGAGUACUCGACCAUUCAGACUAUGAUUUCUACAAGCGCCGCAUCGACAAGCGCCGCAUCGACAACAGCCGCGCGCGCAACCACGACCGCGACAGUGCCACCCGUGGCCGGCUCCGACAGCGCCCACCACCGCCUGUCCACGGGUGCGGAAGCCGGCAUCGGCGUCGGCGCCGGUCUGGCCGGCAUCGCGCUAACUGCCGUCAUCGGGCUUCUCCUCUGGCGGCGACGCAAGAGGCAGACUGCUGCCGCCGCCGCCCCCGCCAGCAUCCCCUCGCCGCCCGGCACGCCCAACACCAACAAGCCGCUGCCGCCCGUCGGCGCCGAGAGCAAGGUGUACGAGCUGUCGAGCGAGCCCUUUGACGAUGGUAGCUACGGCAGCUACAGCAGCUACCAAGCGCACGAGCUGCCUACACCGACAGGGCCGCCGCCGUCGCACAUGGCUCGCGAGAUCCAGGCGCAGCAGCGCUACGAGCUGGACUCGACGCCUGUGCCCCGGCCGCCGCCGUGUAUUCGAGAGAUUGGGAGCGGAUGGGAAGUUGAAGGAGAAAUGGGGUCACAAUUUGACAGGAGAGGCGCCUUUUUGAAUCAAGAUAGAAAGCACACAUUGCACAGGAGUUUGGGCCUUUGGAAUACUUGCUGA